AUGCGCCACGGCUUCGCCGAGGAGUACAACUCGGAAACGUUCCUCUCGUCCUUGGCCAACAACUUCUACAUCUACUACGACGACAAGCGGCACAACGCCAACGGCACGCCCAUGCUGGCCCGCGUGAAGAGCCUGCCGCCGCACGCGAAAAACUACCAGCCCAUCGUGGACUGGAAAAUCAUGAAGGACCGCCAGAAAACCGUGUCUGCCGUGCUUGUGCUCUGCCUCAACUUGGGCGUGGACCCGCCGGACAUCAUGAGGCCGUACCCCUGCGCCAAGGACGAGGCGUGGUGCGACCCCGCGGAUUUCCCGGACACGAAAAAGGCCACCGAGGCCAUCGGCAAGGGCCUCCAGAACCAGUACGAGGCGCUCUCGUUGAGGACGCGCUACAAGCAGUCCUUGGACCCCUGCGUGGAGGACGUCAAGCGCUUCUGCAACACGUUGCGGCGCAACGCCAAGGACGAGCGCAUUCUCUUCCACUACAACGGCCACGGCGUGCCCAAGCCCACGGCCAGCGGCGAGAUCUGGGUGUUCAACCGCGGAUACACGCAGUACAUCCCCAUCUCGCUCUACGACCUCCAGACGUGGCUCGGCGCGCCCGUGAUCUUCGUCUACGACUGCAACAGCGCGGGCAACAUCGUGCACAACUUCAAGAAGUUUGUGCAGAAGCGGAUCGACGACGACAACGAGGGCAACCACGACAUGAGCGCGCCGUCCCCGACGGCCGCAUACCUCGACUCCAUCCAGUUGGCGGCGUGCAAGUCCCACGAGGUCUUGCCCAUGAGCCCCCACCUCCCGGCAGACCUCUUCACGUGCUGCUUGACGUGCCCGAUCGACAUCUCGCUCAGGUGGUUUGUCAUGCAGCUGCCGCUCAGGGAAAGCUACUACCUGAUGCUCCCGAGAAACGCCACGGGCAACGUCGUUGUGCCCGGCAAGCUCACCGACCGCCGCACGCCCUUGGGCGAGCUCAACUGGAUCUUCACCGCCAUCACAGACACCAUUGCAUGGACCUCGCUCUCGCGGCCCAUCUUCAAGCGCUUGUUCCGCCAGGACUUGAUGGUGGCCGCCUUGUUCCGCAACUUUCUUCUCGCCAAGCGCAUCAUGCCGCACCUCAACUGCAACCCCGUGAGCGACCCGCCCUUGCCCGAGUCCGUGCGCUUCCAUCCCAUGUGGGACUCCUGGGACCUUGCCAUCGACCAGGUCUUUGCCCAGUUGAUCAGAAACAACGGCCCCGACCCGUUUUCCUACCCGCCCCCGGAGCCUCAGGGCAAGCCCGCGCCGCCCGCCGAAAAACCCGCCGCCCUGCACUCUGCCUCCAACGGCUCCAUCUCGACGCACAGCGCUGUCUCCAGCGGAGCUAUCCAGCCGCUUUCCAACUACCAGCACUCCACCUUCUUCGAGCAACAAUUGACGGCGUUCGAGAUCUGGCUCAAGUACGCCGGCUCGUCCACCAAGGACCCGCCGGAGCAAUUGCCCAUCGUGCUCCAGGUCCUCCUUUCGCAAGUCCAUCGCCUCCGAGCGCUCAUCUUGCUUCUGAAAUUCUUGGACUUGGGGCCUUGGGCAGUGUACCUAUCCUUGUCGAUCGGCAUCUUCCCCUACGUGCUCAAGUUACUUCAGAGCCCGGCCCAGGAGUUGAAGCCCGUUCUCAUCUUCAUUUGGGCACGCAUAAUGGCGAUUGACCACACUAGCACGCAGCAGGAGCUAUGCAAGGACAAAGGCUACAACUACUUUUACCUCAUUUUGAACUCUAGUCCUUCGAACCCGAUAGGCGCCCCGGGAGCCCCGGGGGGCUCCAUCAACCACGGCAGCGGCUCGAACAGUGUCAUAGUGAACGAUGACCACAAAGCCAUGAGCGCGUUCAUCUUGACUUUGUUCAUCAAGGAUUUCAGAAAUGGCCAACGGCUUUGUUUUUCGAUCGAGCUAGUCACAAACUGCCUAAAGUUCGUGGCAAGUAGCGAGAACCCAUUGUUGCGUCAAUGGUGCUGUUUGUUGUUGUCUCAAUUGUGGCUGAAGUACCCUGAGGGCAAAUGGAUCAUUUACAAGGAUGGGUACUUGGCCAGGUUCCUAGACUUAGUCAAUGAUCCGAUUCCCGAAGUAAGGACUUCUAUCAUCAUUGCACUCACCACGUUUUUGACGGAUAUACUGGACGAUCCAUCCGGCCAGCCUCUGAAGGAUACAAACGGCGGCGCCAACAACGUCAGCGCCGAUUUAAGAAAGGACGAAUUGCGCCAACAGGACUUGAAACUAGCAAACGUGAUUCUCAAACUACUCGGUGAUGGAUCCACCAUUGUCAGAAAAGAAAUAGUGUUCUUCAUCAAUCGCUUCAUUAAGAUAUAUGACAAAUUUUUCUUGGUCGUUGCGUUCAAUCAAUUGGAGGAAGAAAUAGUCUUGAUUGACAACCCCAACAACUUGCAAGAGUUUAGAAAGAAAUCUCCUGCUUAUGGAUCAAUAUUCAGUUCCAUUUGGAAAGCUUUGUUAAUUCUAUCGGAAGACCCCCACAUUGAAGUAAAGGAGCUAGCGGAAACCCUCAUUGACAGUGUCAUGGUCAAACUAAAUGAGAGUGAAUUGGCCGGGUUGGUCAAAGAGAUGCAAGAAUAUUUGUUGAGUAAAUCUACGAUCAACAUCAAAGACAACUUCAAGUCAGCUCCGAUCGUUGACCGAACACCAAUUGCGAUGCAGAGAGAUAACGCGAAAAGACAAGCCUCGAGUGGUUCAGUCAUCAACAGAAGAAAUGAGCUCACCAUGAAUGGUGGCUCUUUGAAAACAAGGUCCGUUUCCUACCAUACCGGAAAGGCUGAUUCCGCAAACAGUCUGGAUUCGUCCUCCAUAACAUCAAGAUUGAAAGAUUUCGGAAUCAGCAAGUUGUUCAAAUCUUUUCACAUCAAUGAAGACACUGACUUAAACAACUUCAAGCGGAUUCUCAACUCUGGACCAGUCACUAGCCACUAUGGCGUCGAGUAUCAACCCAAGUCGCCGAGGUACCAUUUGAGAGAAGAACACAAUAAAACACAACUUCCUGAUCAAUCAGGAUUUUUUGAGUACAGUUGCGAGACGUUCCAAGAACCCCAAAUGUCAAAAUCCGAAGUUGAUGAGCCAGGCUCGGAAGAAUAUGUCAAAAGAUUGUGGCGGCGGAACAGAAACGAACAGACCAUCCAAGAGACUCAGCCACAGAAGAAAAUGGCCCUUAGAGGUGACUGGAACCGGAACUUGACCGUCCUUAGCAACAAGACGCAACCCAAAUUGAUCGAGUUCAUGCAAUUCGAGAAAUUAUUAGUUUCGACCGAUGAAAAAGACACGGUGACUGUAUGGGAUUGGGAGAGCAAUAAUGUGGUUCACAAAUUCUCCAACGGAAACCCUUUUGGAACGAAGAUUACAGACUUGAAAAUUUUGAACGAGGACGAUAUCCCAUUGGUCUUGACAGGAUCAUCAGACGGUGUGGUGAAAAUCUAUAAAGACUUCCACAUUGAGGACGACAGUGAAGAAAAUUCCGUGAAGAUCGUGGCUGCGUGGAGAGCCCUUACUGAUUUGCUCCUUACUUCCAAAAGUUCUGGGUUGAUUAGCGAAUGGCAGCAAUCCCGGGGUUCUUUGUUGAUCAGUGGUGAUGUUAAAAUUAUCCGUGUGUGGGACGCGCCUCGAGAGCUUUGCUUGUCCGAUAUCCCCGCACGGUCAUCUUCCUCGAUCACAAGCUUGACGUCCGAUCAGGUAGCAGGUGAUAUUUUUGUGGCGGGAUUUGACGAUGGCAGUUUGAGAGUCUACGACCGACGGCUCGACUCACGUGAAUCGAUGGUGAAGAUUUGGCAGAAUGGCCGUGGGGGAGCUAAGAAUUUUGGGCGGGGGUCCAUCAGGAAUGUGCAUAUGCAGAGAGGUGGGUUCAGAGAGUUGGUAAGUGGUUCUGCAGACGGGUUCAUCAACUUGUGGGACAUAAGAAGCUCACUGCCUGUUUCCACAUUCACGGGAACAGAGAAGAGCAUACGAUCCAUCGAUGUUCACGAGCAUGCCCCCAUAAUCACAACAGGGUCUCAGGCAGUUAACAUUUGGACGACUUCAGGAGACAUUGUUUCGACCUUGAGGAAUCCCCACGACACGUAUCUCACGAACAGAACCUCGAACUAUUUGUCCCGCAUCUCGUUCCAUCCUCAUCGUAUGAUGUUGGCUACCAACUACAACCAGGACGGGCAUAUUAACAUUUACACCUGCGCCGACAUCAUAUCUGAAUAUUAA